CAGUAAAGGAAUGAGGCAUUACGUCAGUCGACUGCAAACUUCCUAAGUGCACGUAGCGAAAAUGACCGAACCUCUCGAUACGGAAGAUGCAAAUGCAGAAAAUAUGGAAUUGCGUCCUUACGAGUCUUCAGAAGAAGCGGUGGAAAGAGGGGGCGACGAAGAGAGGGGGGACUCGGACAAUCCGUUAACUGAGCAGAAUGGUGUGAGCGACGACGUACCGGAAGAUCGAGAGGAAGCCAGGAGGUGCACGUGUAAUUGUGAAUUCGUUUGUUUAAUAUUACCCUUGGUUUUAAUGACUGUCGAUCAAGUUAUGGACGGAUUGAGCUUCUACAAUUUCUACAUUGGAGGGCACAUCGUGUUCUUUGUGUUGAAUCUGGUGUUCGUGGUCGGUCCCUCAUUGUGCAUUCACCUAGUCGCCACUGUAGCGUUGGAACUAUCCUGGUGGAAGGCUCUGCUGUGUUUUCCCGUCGCUCCGUGGGUUCUACUAGUGAAGGUUAUAUGUAUCCAUAUCAGAGGAACUAAGGAGCAAGAAAAAAUAAAAAGAACUUCAAAGAAUAUGAGUGUAUGUGAAGGCUAUUUUGAAGCUGUGCCUCAGCUGUUCAUCCAAAUGACUGCUUUGAAAAUCGGCAUUUUCAAGGACUCUCGAGUUAUUUCCUCGUGUGUGAAGAUGGUAUUCAGCUGCGUCACUGCCUCGUUUGCUCUUCUGUCUGUCUUCCGCAAGCAAAUGCAUUGGCUUCUUCAAGGAGUUUCUGUAGUUCUAGUGGCCAUGGUCUUAGGGUCGCGAGUCUUCGUGUGUGCGUCUCUGUUUUCCCUCGAAGGUCCCCUGCUCUGCACGGGCUUCCUUCCUCUAGCGCUCAGUUUCUUCCUCGCAUGGGUCACCGACUACGUGUUCAAGAGGGAAAAAGUGUCAACUCUCAGAGCAUAUAUAAAAGCUACCCUUCUGCCUCCUGAGGACAAGGCUGGCGGCAUGGCAUCCCUGGUGUACUGUGCCUUCGGGUUAGUCUUCUGGCUGCUCACUAUAUCUCAACCCUUAAGUGUUCUUGUCUUCGUGGGCGUGACCGUCAUUCAUAUCCUUGGAGGAAUUGGGUGGAUGAUACUAACACAAAACGGACAUAAGUCUUGCAAGGGUAAGGGGAAGAAAGGUUCAUGCUUGCCGUAAUAUUCUUCUGCCCAGUGGGUUUGUUCUUCCCUCCACUGUCAAAACCCCAAGGGCCCUUUGGAGCGCUAGCAUACCCCCGACCAA